CCAUCUUUUCUUGAUGGCAUAGCUUUCCUGCAGCACCGCAACGCUGCUGCUUUGAUGAGAGGCAAACAUGCCUCAAGAAGCACAGAUAUCCGUCAAUGAGCGCGCGUUCAUCCAAGAUGCUCUCAAGGAACAGAUCCGUCUCGACGGCCGCGCCUUCGACGCAUUCCGCGCGCUAGAGCUAACAUUUGGGGACGAGUAUGGUGUUGCAGACGUACAGCUAGGAAAGACACGAGUAAUUGCACGAAUAUCCGUGGAUGUGGUGACUCCUGCGCCCGAGCGCAAGUUCGAUGGCGUCUUCCAGAUCAUCACUGAAUUCUCUCCCAUGGCAUCGCCCGCCUUCGAAGUCGGCCGGCCCACCAACGCAGAAGUAGUGCUCUCACGAAUCCUCGAGAAGGCCAUCCGCCGGUCCAAUGCCCUCGACACUGAAUCGCUAUGCAUCAUCGCAGGCCUCAAGUGCUUCGCCCUUCGCGCAGACGUUCACGUCAUCGACCAUGACGGCGGCCUCAUCGACGCAUCCUGUAUUGCAGUCAUGGCUGCACUGCAGCAUUUCCGGAGACCAGACGUUGUGGUCGAAGGCGAGAAAGCAACUGUGCUGAGCAUACGCGAGCGCGACCCGAUACCCCUCUCCAUACUACACCAGCCGCUCUGCGUAACCUUCUCCUACUUCGAGGAAGGCGAGCUCUUUCUGGUAGAUGCAAACCUCGCCGAAGAGCAAGUCCGCGACGGCGAAGUCAUCAUCACCAUGAACCGACAUGGUGAGGUGUGUCAGAUUGCCAAGUAUGGAGGCGCAACCGUGGAGCCUUAUGCGCUGUUCAACCUCACAACUCUCGCCCUCCAGAAGGUCAAAGAGAUGAGCAAAUUCAUCCAGACGCGGCUGGAUGACGAUGCUAAAAAGAGAAACGCCGGAGGACUAUUAGCAGAGCUUAGUGCUGAGAACGACAGGCCGUUUGACAGGCCCGUAGAAUGAAGAAUUCCAAAAACACCGGUUGGGUUAAAUACAGUGCACACUUCCAGAAGCACACACAUUGCGCGGCUUGUCGCGUUGCGCAC